AUGUGUCGAACUCCUUGGGAGAUCCUGCCGGAAAACGAACCUCCGCUGUGCAUCGCUGUUCCACGCCCAGAGUCACCUCCACCCCACUAUGAGGCGAAUAUGAAGGGAGAAAUUUGCUCUACAGAUGUGUUACCUCCAAAAUACAAAUUACUUUUCGACAUUGGCGAUGGCAGUGAUGAUACACCAGCAGAAAUUCAACGAUUGCACGAGGUUACUGUAGUUUCCAAUGAUCGUGUCACUGCUGAGGAUCAUUUCCAGGACACCCGAUUAGUGUCUUUUCAUGCCGAAGAAUUUCUUCAAACACAAAAUGUCUCUCUUCACUACGAACCUGGAGAUGUGCUUAUGGUCCAACCUUGCAAUCUCAGUGAAUCCAUUGAAAUCGCUCUGGAUGCGUUGAAAUAUCCGAAUACCCUGUUGGAUCGUCCUUUUUACCUCUCGCCAUCGGAUAAGUUCGUCAAGUUGCCGCCAAAAUGCUUGAUAGGAGUGAGGCCAACCCUGCGCAAUUGUUUUAAACGGCUUUUCGACCUUCAAGUGAUUCCACGUAAAUCAUUUUUCCAAAUGUUGGCUUCUAUUUCUACCUGUGUCUCCGAGAAAGAGAAGCUUCUCGAGUUUGUGAGCCCGCAUGCCCUGGACGAUUUUUUGGACUACACGACGAGAUGUCGGAGAACUACUGCAGAAGUUCUGCGCGACUUUCCUGAAACUUCAUCGAAUAUCCCACCUGAACGCCUCUUUGACUUGUUCACAACUAUACGAGCGCGAGCUUUCAGCAUUUGUUCCGCACCAUCAACGAAAAAUAUUGAAAUCCUUGUUGCAAAGGUAACAGUAUGCAGAGUAUUUGUGUUCUAUGUGGAAUAUCGAUCGCGAAUGUUGGAUCCGAGACGAGGUCUGUGCAGUUCUUUCAUUGCAAGACUAGCUCCUGGUGAUAAAGUACUCGUUAGAAUACGUAAUGGAACCUUCAAAUUUCCCAAGGAAGAUAAACAAGUAAUCUGUGUAGGACCAGGUACCGGAGUGGCACCAUUUAGAAGUUACCUUUUAUGGCGUAACAGGUGUGAAAAUUCUGCCAGUUCCAUACUGUUCUUCGGAUGCCGCGGGAAAAAGCGGGAUUUCUACUUUGAGCAAGAAUGGGAUCAUUUGGCUAACACAAAGAUUUAUACUGCCUUUAGUCGUGAUACGGAUCGAAAGAUAUACGUCCAACAUCUGAUUUUACAGCACGCAGAUGAAGUGUGGGAGAUUUUGGGUAAACAAGAUGGUCUGGUAUUUGUCGCAGGAAGUUCUGGAAACAUGCCAAAAGAGGUUGCCCUCGCAAUCGAUGCUGUAGCUGUCAAACAUGGUUGCACCGAGGAAUCUUUUCACACAAAAUUGGAGAGUUGCGGACGUCUUCAAUACGAGACGUGGUCGUAA